AUGCGGUACUCGACCUUGGAACACAUCACGUUCCCAGAAGAAGCUGGUAAAAUCGCGGGAACGACGGCAAAGCUAGGAUGCUCUUUAGCUUGGACAGCCGAUGGGCAUGCUUACGCUUGGGGAUGUGAUACGAGUGGUCAAUUGGGUUUAGGCCUGAAGGACGAUGAUGAAAAAAUCGUCCCAACUCCUCAGAAGAUCACGUCAGCUCAUCUGGAUGGUUUCAAGAUCAUGUCCGCUUCUAUAUCAGAUAACCAUUGUUUAUUUCUUGCCAAGAAAUUAUAA